GAAUUAAGAAAAACAAAAAAUAAAUCCAAACUUCAUAUUUUCUCUCUCAUCCAGAAACCGUUGUAUCUCUCUACAUUUGUGGUUAACAGUUCCAUCUCCAGAAACCAAAAAACAUUCUCUCACUUUUCAAAAAUGGCGACAACUUCUUCGCGGCGAACUUCCGGUGUCGGGGGAAAGAUUGUGCAGAACAAGAGACUUCCAAAGACGCCUUAUUCUCGACCUUCUCCUCCUUCUCCUACUCCUCCUCUUUCCGACAAUGUCGAAAACCCUAAUUGGCUUUCUGGUUUGAUUUAUCCUGCUAAAGUCAUUGCUUCUGGUGCUGGAAAAAUUCUUUCUUUUUUUGGCAAUGAUGAUGAUGAUUUGUCUUCAUCUUCAGAUAUCGAUUCUUCUGAAUAUGAUGAUGAUGAUGAGGAGAUUGACGAUGAUAAUGUGCUUUCACCAUCCAAUAAGAGUGAUAGUAAGCGUGCGAUAGAACAGUUAGUGAUCCAGGAGACAUACUCGAGGAAAGAAGCAAAUGCAUUGAUAAAGCUUGUCACAUCUCGUAUUGACGAGACCAAUGGAACUUUGGGUGAAACCACCCCAAAUAUUCGCACCACAGCAAUUAUGGAAGCCAGAAAAUGGCUUCAGGAGAAAAGAUCAAGCUCAAAGAAAAAGUUUGAGGAUGAGCUUGAUGUUUUGAACAUGGCUUCUUCUUCCCAAAUCUCCAAAAAUGAGAAAGGCUCCCCCGUGGAUAUGGCAAGAUCAUAUAUGCAGAAUCGUCCUGCCUGGGCAUCUUCGUCUUUGAAACAAGCUGAGGCUGGAUCUCUGCCAGUGGGUGUACUGAAUUUCCAGGAAGAAACACCUAAAUCAACAUUAAGAAGCUCUGAGCUGAAGAAGAGUUCAUUUACUUCUGGUUCAUGGAAUCUAUUGGAGGAAAUUCGAAGAGUGCGUUCUAAGGCUACAGAAGAACUAUUAGCUUCUGCUCCAUUGACAAAGACCAUUAUAUCUUCAUUUUCUCCUGAAAGUAAAUCACUUCAAGAUUCAUUGAUGAAUAAAGGAGACGUAGUGGGUGCAGGUCCUGCCGAGUCUACACAUGAUGAAACAGAGACUGCCUUGCAAGAUGCUGCUGUGAGUACUCAUCCUAGAAUUAGUCAGGAUGUUGGUGAUGCUGUUCAAUCUGUUGGGCAACAAGAAUCUCAGGCAGUCGCUGAGUUGAAGUAUGACAAUAAUGAUCAAGUCAAGCAGUUCAAGAGCACUACAGCUGAAAAUGGCUUUGGGCGGUCUGCAUUUGGUUCAGCUGAAGGACAGAGUAAUACCCACGAUGCACGUCCAUCUGAAGAAGAAAAUGAGAAUCUGGUUGAAUCAAGCCAAGUAGGACCUGAUAUUGACAUGGAGAACUCAAAUCCUCCAACUGACCCUGUGAUUAAUGGGUCCCAGGACACUUCUAGCAUGCAUGAGGAGCCAUCACAAGAAUUCAGGCAGCCGGUUGCAAAUGAUGGAACGGCUACCAAAGUAAAAGAUACGCAGACGGAAAGGAAAUCGAGAGGUUACACACGAAGAGGUAGACCAAGGGGUAAAUGAAUUGCUAACUUGAAAGUGUAACUCCAUCUGUAUUAUCACCUGCACAUGCUAGUGUAGAAGUAAAUCUUAACACAGGUAGAAAUCAUCGGUUAGGGUUUCGAGUUUCUACUUUGAAGCGGACUCAUAGCAAUUUUUAUUGUCAGCCUCCAGUCAGUCCAAUUGUAGUGAUUUUAGGUCCCAUGUAGUUGGUAUAUUGUAUCUUUGUAGAAUUGCCUUAAUACAUGAUGGUUUGUGUAUUGUAUUUUGGGUUUCACUUCCCACUUGAUUUAUUUCAAUUAUAUGUCCAACAUUGGUCGGUUUGAGGGACC